GCCUCGGCGUUGACCUGCCCAGAAUGCGUAGCGCGGCGCAUGCGCUUUGGUUAUAGGUUUAGUCGACUGACGCCAUAAUGGCAAACAAGGACCAGGGUAAUGACUGUCAGCCACGUACACUUUACGUGGGGAACCUCGACACAGCGGUGACGGAGGAGCUUCUCGUAGCUGUGUUCGGACAGAUGGGCCAAGUAAAAGGCUGCAAGAUUAUUCACGAGCCCGGCAAUGACCCCUACUGCUUCGUGGAAUUCAGCGACCACCAGUCAGCUGCGUCGGCGCUUCUAGCAAUGAACAAGAGGCUCUGUUUCGGCAAGGAAAUGAAGGUAAACUGGGCCACAUCACCAGGCAACACCCCAAAGCUCGACACUAGCAAACACCAUCACAUUUUCGUAGGAGACUUGAGUCCAGAAAUUGAGACGACCCAGCUGCGAGACGCUUUUGCCCCUUUUGGUGAUAUCUCUGAUUGCCGGGUGGUGCGUGACCCACAGACACUCAAGUCCAAAGGUUAUGGCUUUGUGUCUUUUGUCAAGAAAGCGGACGCCGAGAAUGCAAUCGGAACCAUGAAUGGCCAAUGGCUUGGCAGUAGAGCCAUUCGAACCAACUGGGCAACACGUAAACCUCCCGCCAACAGGACCCAGGCCGAAGUCGACAUAACCACAAGCACAAAGCCCCUGACCUUCGAUGAAGUCUACAAUCAGUCAAGUCCUACCAAUUGCACAGUGUACUGUGGCGGCAUCACGCAGGGGUUGUCAGAGGAACUAAUGCAGAAGACAUUUAGCAGCUAUGGUGCCAUACAGGAGAUCCGGGUUUUUAAAGACAAAGGAUAUGCCUUCAUCAGGUUUGGUACAAAAGAGGCUGCAACACACGCCAUCGUGGCCACACACAAUUCGGAUGUCAAUGGCCAGACAGUCAAGUGUUCCUGGGGCAAGGAGGCCACUGACCCCAACAACCAGCAGCAGCCUCAAGUGAGUCCAGGAGACAAGCAUCCCUCCUGGCCAGAGCAGCGCAACCCUUCCGCCGGGAACCUGGCAACCCAGUACUCGUACCCGUACCAGCAGAUGGGCUACUGGUACCCGCAGGCGGGCUACCCACAAGUCCAAGGACAGUUCAUGCAGGGUGUUCAGUACCCCUAUGGACAGUACUAUGGACAGGGCUUUGGGAGCGUCGGCAUGCAGAUGGCGUGGCAGGGUCUGCCCGGACAACCGCAAGUGGCAGCCGCGCAGACACCUAUGGCGCAGGGCCUGCAGCAGCCAGGAAUGAUCGGCGCAUACCCUAUGCAACAGUACCAGGCCCAGUAAAGGGAGCCGCCACUGGCAUCCCCGCCCCACGGAAAGAAGACCACGCACACCGC